CCUCACUCACACACACACGCACUCUCUGAUGACUGAGUGAGUGAGUGAAUGAACGGUGAGGUGAUGGAGGGAGAGCCGGCACCGCAGCAGCAGCAGCAGCUUCUCUCCUCCUCCUCGUCGCUCGCGCUCCUCCCGCCUCCUCCCACUAUCUCACCGGCGGUUCCUCCGGUCGUGAAGCUCGGUCUCACCGUGGUCUACACCGUGUUUUACUCGCUGCUCUUCGCCUUCGUGUACGCGCAGCUGUGGCUCGUGCUGCGUUACCGCCACAAACGCUUCAGUUAUCAAACUUCCUUCUUGUUUCUGUGUCUGCUGUGGGCCGCGCUGCGCGCGCUCCUCUUCUCCUUCUACUUCAGAGACUGCGUCACCGCCAACGCGCUCGCGCCGUUCGCCUUCUGGCUGCUCUACUGUUUCCCGGUGUGUCUGCAGUUCUUCACGCUCAGCCUCAUGAACCUCUACUGCGCACAGGUUUACUUUAAGGCCAAGUCCAAGUAUGCGCCUGCUCUGCUCAAGUACAGACUCCCUCUGUACCUGGUCUUCCUCGGCGUCAGUCUCCUCUUCCUGGUGGUGAAUCUGGUCUGUGCCCUGCUGGUGAAGAUGAGCACCACCGACGUCAAGACCAUCGUCCUAGUGAGGGUCACCAUUAACGACAGCCUGUUUGUCCUCUGCGCCGUCUCGCUCUCCGUCUGCCUCUACAAGGUCGCCAAGAUGUCGCUGGCCAACAUUUACCUGGAGUCAAAGGGGACCUCGGUGUGUCAGGUGACUCUGAUCGGCAUUAUGGUGGUGCUGCUUUACGCCUCCAGAGCCUGUUACAACCUGGUGGUGCUCGCCCUCGCCAACAUCGAGACUGUCAACUCCUUCGACUACGACUGGUACAACGUCUCAGACCAGGCAGACCUGCGUUCGUCACUGGGAGACGCCGGUUACAUCGUGUUUGGCGUGAUCCUGUUUGUGUGGGAGCUGCUGCCGACCUCGCUGGUCGUCUUCUUCUUCAGGGUCCGGCGUCCUCCUCAGGACCGGAGUUCAGCCGGGAUACCGAACCACAUCCUCUCCUCCCGUGGUUACUUCUUCGACAACCCGCGCCGCUACGACAGCGAUGAUGACCUGGCAUGGAGCAUUCCUCCCCAGAAUGCAUCAGCGAGUCUUUCGUCGGACUGUUACGACUGGAGCAGCCGCCACAGCAGCUUCACCGUCCACAUCGGCACUGACGACCAGCACCUGACUGCCACCGCUGGAGAGCUCCACCCCUACCCGUGACUCUGCCCCUUCUGCACUUCUCGUUUGUUUAUCGUCACUCACGUUUGUCGCAGCGUAGAAAAAAACGUAGUAAAGACGCAAGGAUGUUUGAAGAGGUUUCCUACACGGAUCUCACACACACACACACACACUGCAGCGCCAACAACUGCGGUGUAAACUUGUACCGAUUGUAGUGGCGGGGCUAAUGUGUGAUUGACAGCUAGUACUGUAAAAGUGGGGUGUUGUUGCAGGUCAUGUUUGUCAGGCUCCACCCCUCUACUUCCAAAUAUGGUUACUUCUAGUUUAAAAAAAACCCAAGACAGCACUGAUUAAAAUAUUUGAGGGCGUGGCUACACUGUGACUGACAGAGCGUUCCAGUUUCACAGCUGCUGGCUAGUCUUAGCAUUACAGCUAGUUUUGCUAACUAGCAAGCAAAUCUAGCCAGUGUGCUAAUGUUAGCAUGUUAGCUAACGUGAUUAAUAUUAGCAAGCUAAUCUGGUUUAAUAAACAGUGUUAGAUACAGAUAACAGGGUUAGAUGGAGGAGAUUGAUUCGCUGUGGCGACCCCUGAAGGGAGCAGCCGAAAGGAAAAGAAGAAGUUAGCAUUACUGCUAGUCUGCUAAUUAGCAAGCUAACUUGGUUUGAUAAACACUGUUAGCAUUGAAAUGUUUAUCUAUCGUAAACUCACUGUAGCAACAGCAGCUGUUAGCCGUUGAUUCUCAGGGCAACGAUUGAACGUGUGGUGGUUUCCAUGGUAACGCCGUGUAGGAACUCUGCUUCAUAGACGUCCAUAUUUGUGUUAAAAAAAAUUAUUUAUCGCAAUGAACGUCACUCACUCAUUCAUGUGAAAUAAUGAACUAAAGUGUUUGUUGAGUGUUUGUUUUAUUUAAAAAGGAUAGAAUUAAAUGUGUAAAAAUAAC